CCAGUAUAAAGUAUAAUAAUUAAAUAUUAGAUAAACAGUAUUAUUGUCCAUUAUAAGAGUAUAAGAAAAUCUAUAGUAACCAUUCGAAUAAGUGGCUAAAAUUUUUAAAGAAGUGUAAGAAACAAUCCUAUCUACGAGUUAUGUCGUGCAUGCAAUUGGUGUCCAAGUAUGCUCAACAAUCAUUGAGUCUUAAAUUAGAAGAUAUCAAAGUUAUACUAGAGCGAACUGGGCAUAUGUACACGAAAAAAAAUAUUCGUUAUUCAGAAGCUGAAGUCUUGCGUGUUGUUGAUUAUAAGCUGAAUGAACCAUCCAUAUUUAUGUUGGUUGAAUAUUUCAUUGAAGUGAUCCCAUUCAUUGCUACGGAUAGUCUGUAUUCUACAUGCUUAUUGCUGACAGAUUUUGUUUAUAUUUAUCAACAAGAACUUUAUGAUCAACUUCAUUAUCAAAAGACAGGUUAUAGAAUCUAUACUUACAGUGAAAAAUUAGAACUACUAGACAUCGAGUUUGACAAAAUAACUACAGCAGCAGCAGUUGUUGUCACAGCUUUUUACAUAUUGAAUUCAACUGAUAAAACAAAUGAAGAGUUAUGUAUGUAUCUAUCUACUUUAUGUGAAAAAUCAAAUGACUAUCUGUUAACAAUUUCAACUGUUCUAAUAUCUAUCAUAAACUCAAUUUGCAUUGAAUAA